AUGUCCGGCGGCGAUGUCGAACCCAGCUCUUGCUUUCUCAACAGCAGCCCCCGGCGCCUAUCGUCUCCGCCUCCUCACGACCACUUCUAUGAGCUUCAGAACGCUCAAGAAGCGCCUCUAGCCGCGCCGUCUUCGCCUCCCCCGUUGUCGGUGUCCAGUACCACCCACCCUGCAGACCGCCGUCUCUCACCCUCAUCCUCGAACAACCAUCCGCUUUCGUCCACCAUAGACACGCACAUAUCGUCAAACCCGGACGACUUCUAUCGCACACAUCUUUCCACGAUAUCGGCGGGGAAUAACACUGCUGCUAGUCCGGAAAGUCUCCGGAGUGGUUUCGUCACAGGAGAGCUCCAUCAAUCCCAGCGUGUGUCAUCCGUCCCAACACGACCCGGGCCGUCGUCGAUUGUUCAGUCCGGACAAUAUCGUUCAGCCUCAGACACGUUCAAGAGCAUCGGGCCCCGAUCCACCAAGGACCGAUCUGCCCAGAUCCCAACCGCCAGGUCACGACAGGCCUCGUUCAAAGACCUCGUCAAUAAAUUCAACAACAACGUCGACCAGGUCCUACCCCUUCCCUCCGCGCCUAUAUCGCAGGAAACAUCCAGGGCUGCGAGUCCAGUGAGUCCCAUCGACGGUUCCGUGCGGAAUCGGGCCUCGUUCCGCCAGCGCAACAACGAUCCCUCCGCCAGACAGCCUUCACUGCCUCGGUGGAAUUCAGCCCACGAAUUCAAUCAAGCUCGCGGUCCAUCGUCGACUUCGUGGAAAGCUAGCGGCGUCAGCAAUCAUCCUCCAUCCUCUCAUCCGAAUCCUCCCGACUCUCUCACUCGUCGGCCUCGGUUUGGGCAAUUACUAUCAGUAGACACAAGCUUCCAGGGCCAGGGACAUGGAAUCCCGUCGCAUCUGCGACGUCGUGGUUCGGAAGGCAGCAUCGCCAGUCCACAUCCCGGGCUUUUAGAGCCCUUCGAUCCGUCACCGGGACGGUCUCCUCUGACCCCCACCGCAUGGUAUUUGGGGCAUACACCAUUCCUAGAAGCUGUCAGUACUGGCGGGAACCAUCAUAGUCACCGGCGGACGAGGAGUGAUAUUUCUGGGAUUUGGCCGGAGGGAGCUGCUGUGCACGCUCCCAGUUUCCACAUGGCGGCCGCGGCCCCCUUGCAGCCGUCCUCCCCAACGUCGUUAGAGGACAGCCCACAUUCCAAGUCCCGCAUUCCUGUCUCUUCCCGCCGCCUCCAGUCGCCAUCCGCUUCGGGUGAUUCCUCCCCUACUGCCAGAGUCGACUCCACGUUCAGCAACCGGGUUGCCGCCCAGGUCUCACUGCCACCGAAAGGUAUUAGCCGCCUUCCCAAACCGGCGCCAAAAUCUCCUUCCCACGCGUCGAACGAUGAGAAAUCCCCAACGUUUGCAUUUUCCCCACGCGCGAAGCGGGAUAUGACCCAUGGUCGUUCUCGUCGGCCCCCUCCUGUGAAGGGUCCGUCGUUAGGAGCAUACAUAGCCGCUCCACCUCCUCCAAAGAAAUCUCCAACACUACGCAGUUCUCGGCCCCGACCACCGGUGUCGCAUACCUCUUCAUCUACAGCACGAUCUAAAGUGGGCGAGCGGGUGUCGAAUUUCCAGAAACAGCUCAAUAACGACCGUGAACCCCGAAACUCCAGGCCGCGGGAUCGACGCCUGCCGGAGUUGGGUAACGUCGAUUUUGCGACCAGGCGACAGAGAAUCCAACAGGCAUUCAACCGUACGGUCCAAGAGAAUGAAAGGAAGGAAGAGAAAGCAGCAGAGCUUCGCCGGCAGGUUAAAGCUCGAGAAGAGAAGCAGGAGGCACCUCCCACUCCGGCGGUUGAGCCUCCGCGAGAAGAUACGCCCAAACCAGUCAAUCCUCCACCGCCUGAAGAUACCGCAACUGUGAUAGAAGUCUCUCCCGAGGACAGUCAUGAAGAGAAAGAAUUGACGCCGGAGUCCGAUAAUCCUCAAGUGCCACCCCAGCUUCGUGUUGACACAGACAUCUGCAGCCAAGGGAGCGACUGCACGACUACUGAAACCCACCCUAUAACGAUGGACUCGCCCACCCUUGGAAACCCCGAGGGCGCACGCCAGAUACAUUCAAAAUUAGUUGCGCCCGUUUCUGCGAUGUCUACCGAGACACACGGUACUGCGUUCGACCCAGAACCUCAGGAAGGGCUUACGCGAGAGAACAUACAUGCGUCGCACCGGACAUUGCUAAGUCAGAUCAUGCAAAUCCGAGAGUCCAGCCCCAGCAGCUCAUCAUGUGACGAGCAAGAUUUCAGCAUGUCUGAAACGGAUGACAGAGAGUCUGUUCCAAUUAUGUUAAAGGAUGCGACGGGCAUCGACGACUGCAUGGACAGCAGCGAUAACCCGGAGCACUCUGACUCGUAUAACCAACAUGAUGCGUCCGGAAAUGGUAUAAUUAAUCGGUGGAGCAUGAGCUCCUGGUCGUCAUCCCUUCGCAACCAGCACUCUACGGAUGAUCAGUGCGAGGCCAGUGGAGACGAUCUCUCCCAAGUUCCACCGUCUGUGGACGAGAGCGAGGCGGCCACUACUCAAUCAUGUUCCGCUUCAAGUGCACCCGAAUCGAUUACCAUCCCUCAACUUUCUCAUGUUCCUCAGGAGAACCGGGCGGAGCUUAUCUCCAAUCACGAAGCGGUCAGGGCGGCCUUUGGCUAUUCCAACGCACCUAAUCUGGCGAGGCUAGGUGGGUGGGAUUCCAACCGUGUGACUCAACUGUAUUUAGAAACUCUCACUCGCGGCAAAGGUCAUCAGCUUCCCAUGCCUGCAAUCCGCGCGUCGCCCGAGCCUCGAAAUGCAGUCGAUACAAGGGCGGAUGGAAGAGCUGACAGCCUGACUGACGAGCCCGUCGUUGUGUCAAGCAAAGAUCUUCCUCCGUCCGAACGGCUGGGGCAUACCGCCAGUCUAGUCCUGCCAGACGAUUGGGAACAUGCCUCUCCGUCUAUUCUGGAUUGGAUGAAAGUUGCAGCGGAAGAAGCUGCGCCGCCACCACCACCACCAAAAGAUUCUAUCAUUCCCAACAACAGUACACCAACUCCGCGACCGGACGCUCAAAUCUCGUCAUCAGCGACCCCCGGUGAAACCCUUGGCCUAGCCAUCAAUGUUCAGCUACCCAAGGAGGAUUCGGAAGAGCGUGCCCCUACUUUGCCGCGGUAUGAUGCUUCAGAGCUUCCCACGGGUUCACAAGUUGAAGAGUUGCUUCCUGUACCUCUGGCUAAAGAGCAAGCGCAACUGUUGGGUACAUCCCAGAGUACCCCAUUCGCACCUUUGGGCCCUGUGCAGAGCACUGGGAGCAGUGGGGACUCCUCACUCCGACACGCGGAAUCGGUUGCCUCUCCUGAGGCAAUGGGUUCUUCAUCUACCUCUUUGGUCCCGUCCACCUCUGAGCAGGUGCGGCCGGCCUCCAUGUCUCCAUCUCCAGAACAGCGGCGUUUGAAGAAGCGACGGCACGUUAUCAAGGAGCUGAUCGACACUGAAUAUACCUUUGGAAGGGAUAUGAAAGUCGUUGACGACAUCUACAAAGGCACAUCGAGUUCGUGCUUGGACCUUUCUUCGGAUGAUGUAAAGGUCCUUUUUGCCAAUUCGGAUCAAGUGGUACACUUUUCGAUGGUCUUUCUGGAUUCCCUAAAGGAAGCGGCGAGAAGCGUCUAUGUAAUGCCCAAAUCACAGCGCUGGAGCAGCAAACGCAGUGCGAGAAACCACCAUAUGGUGAGGACCGACACAGAGGCUUCUGGUGUACCGGGACUCUCGGAGCUUGACAAAGAUCAUGCGACCUGCAUCGGCCAAGCCUUUAUCGCUAACAUGGCUCAGAUGGAAAAAGUUUACGCGGACUACCUGAAGAACCAUGACGCUGCCAAUAAGAAACUCCAAGCCUUGCAACGCAAUCCAAAGGUCGCCAUCUGGCUCAAGGAGUGCCGAGAGUGGGCAUCAGAUCUCACAAGCGCGUGGGACUUGGAUUCAUUGCUUGUCAAGCCAGUACAGAGAAUCCUGAAAUAUCCUCUGUUAUUAACAGAGCUCUUGGACUCGACGCCAGAGAACCACCCCGAUCGCCCAGCUCUUCUCAGUGCUCUCGAAGAGGUCACCAGCAUCUCGGUUCGUAUCAACGAGAUGAAGAAACGGGCCGAUCUAGUUGGCCAAGUCGUCGGCCGAAAGCGAAAAGAAUCCGAUGUCAGAGCCGGCUUGUCCAAGGCCUUUGGUCGUCGUACGGAGAAGCUGAAGCAGCAGGUGGGGCUCUCAGAACUGGUCGAGGAUAAGGAAUACGAUGCUCUGUCCCAACGUUUUGGAGACAACUUCUUCCAGCUGCAGGUCGUCAUGCGGGAUGCUGAGAUGUACACUCGCGAAGUGCAGGGCUCUCUCGAGCGUUUCAGUGAAUUUGUCUCUGCCAUUGAAGGUUUCGUCGAUGUAUCUCAAACCAACUAUUCAGAGUUGGAGGGAAAGUGGCGUGAACUUAGAGUGACUGUUCAGGGAUUGUUAUCCGUGGCGUUGCCGGAUCAUAUUGCCACCGUUCGCAAGAGUGUCAUCGAUCCAAUGGUCACCUUACUGAAGCUCCACGAUGGUCCCCAGAGAGUAAUGAGGAAGCGCGACAAACGCCUGAUGGACUAUGCACGCUUCAAAAGCAUCAGGGACAGGGGUGACAAGCCCGAUAAGAAGACCGCCGAGCAAGGCGAGCAAUUUGUGGCACUCAAUGAGACCUUGAAAGAUGAGCUUCCUAAGCUUUACUCUCUGACCGCCAAGUUGAUGGAGGCUUGUUUGGAAAACUUUGUGCAGAUACAGUCGACCUGGUUCAAUACUCUGCAGGAGAAGCUGACCUCUCUCGUUGAUGUGUUCCCGGAUGACAUCCAGAAGGUCAUUGGGGAUUGGUCCGCAGCUUUCAACUUCUCAGAAGCUCAAGUACUAUCGCUUGGGAUUUGCAACGGCUCGUUGCUCGCGGAAGCUGUCAACCUUGUGAACUUCAACACACCCUCAACUGGGGCAACCAUCAGCUCACCUCGACGGCCUUCAACCGUUAAUAGCUCCAGCACGCGAGUGGGAUCUGGCAUUGAGGACUCACCCAAAGUUUCUCACGACUUCAGCACUGGCAGUCGGCCGUUCCAGUCGCCAAGUCUCGAUAGCCAGUCCCAGAUCUCCCACGGACGCCACCGUACUGAUUCCACAUUCUCAGGCCGCACUGGAGGCGAUCACCCUGAAAUUCCGCGUAGUCAGGCGCUGCAACACAUUACCCAUGGCUCCUCGACCUCUAUCCCUACCAUCAAUUCCAAUACGGAAUCGUUCCCCAGCCUUCCUCGUCUGAGUCUCGAAUCGCCUUUCUUAGCCGACCUGAUCGGCCCAUCCAACGACGAAGCGAAGCCAAGUGAGGAGCAACCUACCUCUCCCGGCGGUCGUUAUUCUGGGUUCUUCUCGUCUGCGAUGCCGAUGUCCGACAAUCCGCAAGAGAAUGCCCGGCCUGAGAAUGACGCACCCAAAGAGCCUGCCGUUCUCUUCCUUGCUGCCAGCAUUUACGAGUUCAAUAUUGAUCGGGCUCGACGCGAAGCUGGGUACCCUUAUUUGACAUAUGUGGCCGGCGAGAUCUUCGACGUGAUCGCGGAGAAGGGUGAGCUAUGGCUGGCCAAAAAUCAGGAUGAUCCCACGAAUCAAGUCGGCUGGAUCUGGAAUAAACAUUUUGCGAAGCUUUCGACUUGA